GUUGCGUGCCAACGCGGUGUGUCCUGUCGUGUUGCCAAGCACGACACUUCGCGCCCUACACAAACAAACACACCACUGCUUGUCUGACCAGGGAAGAGAGAGAUGAUGCUUGCAGGUAUGAAGGCGGUCGUUGCCCAGGCGGCGAGAAUACCGAUAGCAACAAUCAGAUGCUGCGGAGGAGGCGGAGGUGCGGUGCGGUGCUACCGGCGACUUAGCACCGCCGGAGGCGGAGCCAAGGACUGGGAGGGAGAGAGGCAACCGGGGUCAGGUGGAGAUGAGCUGCAGCGUGAGCUCACCCCAGAGGAGGUUUUACGGGUCGGUGCCCGUACCCAAGAGAUGUGGAAGGACCACGUGGCCCUGACGACCGAGUUCCCGGACGCGAGCCUCCCCCCCGGCGGGCACGAAGCGUCCGUGACCCCCGACGCGGUACGCAGAAAGCGGCUCGUGUACAGGAGCAAGCAGCGAGGCUGGCUUGAGGUUGACCUGCUGCUGGGCACGUGGGCGGAAAGGAACGUGGCCGGGCUCUCUGCGGCGGACAUGGACAGCUACGAGGACAUCCUCAAUCUCGAAACCGUCGACAUCUUCAACUUCAUCACCGGCAACGCUGAUCCUCCGGCCUUCGUGGACACGCCCAUGCUGGCCCGGUUACAGGCAUACGUUAAAUCGAACCCGUUGGGGCAGUCGCCGGCCAGCUACGCUUCGGCAAAGCGAGAGAGCAACCUCACCUGAUACCGGUGCAACCUCAGCCCGAAAUUUGCGGCAGGUAGUGAAUGUAACCAUUGCUGCUUCGAUCGGCCGAGAUCCGGCGCAGAGGCCAAGGGAGGCUUAAAGCCUAGGGUUGGCGUGGAGACGUGAUGGGGCGGGCUUGACACGGAAAAAGAAGGUGUUUGUUGUGUCUCGUGUGGAGAGUAAGAAGGACCGCGUCGAGCGCCGUUUGUGGUCUCCAAGGGAUGGGGCCUCCUCCUACUGACGACGACAACCGGCGACAGCGAACGACAGCUAGUUUCUUUCGCAGUGUUGCGGCAGAGUAUCUUGGUUCGUUCACGCCUUGGCGGCGAGCGACUGGCGUGGUUGCCUUUGUCCGAACGCAACAAUGUUUCCCGCCAGACUAAUUUAAGAUCCGAGUGCUAUCAAGGCAUGGAGCACCAAGUAUAACGACAAAGACAUGCCUUCGACGAACAUUCUUGUACAUGCCCUCGUGGGUUUGGUUUGAUUACAGGCAGCGUUUCGAGCGUGUUUGGGUCUCGACGUCUCGACCGGGUGCAGACUACGGCAGCACCGAG